AUGCUCCCACUGAACAACAAGACGAACGGGUUAAAUACCUUCUAUAGCCAAUUGUCUUCAGCUUUACAAGACACACAAAAAAACGUUUUAGUUAUAGGAGAUUUUAAUGGUAGAAUAGGCUCUCAACAAAUUGGUGAAGAAAAUGUAGUAGGCAAAUUCGGUUUUGGUAGAAGAAGUAAAAACGGAAAAAGGAUGAUUAAAAUGGCGUUGGAAAACAAUCUUGCAUUCAUGAAUAAUUUUUUCAAAAAAGAUCCAAGGAAAAAUUGGACCUGGUUAUCUACAGAUGGUUCAUACAGAAAUAAAAUAGAUUACAUAGCAACUAACAACAGAAAAGUUUUUCAAGAUGUAAGCAUUCUAAGCCAAUUUAAUUUUAACACCAACCACCGCAUGGUGAGAGCAGUAAUAAAUAGUGUAGAACCGAAGAAAAGUAGAAACAAAUUUAACGUAAAAAUCAACAUUACAAAAACACCACGUUUAGUGAACAAACCAAAAAAUGAAGCAGAAGAAAAAUGUAAAAAUGUAAUAAAUGAAAUUUUUGGUCCACUAUUCAAGAAAUUCUCAAAACCCAAGAAAACUCACACCGAAAACGAAACUAAAAGAUUAAUAGAAGAAAGAAAACUACUCUUAAAACUCGGAAUAGACAAACAAAACCUAAGGGCCAUUGCAGAAUUAAGUAAAAAAUUAAGCAAUAGCAUCAAAAAGGAUAGAACCAAAAAAAGAACCAACGUACUCAACUACUAUAUAAAAAAGACAGGAGGAAUCAAAAAAGCAUUAAAAGAAAUAGUGGAGAAGAAAACAUGGAUAACAAACUUCUAUAGACUUCUAUAG